UGAAUCUCGCGAUAAAGACUUAUUGUCUCGCGGGACCGCGGCUGGCAGACGGGCUUUCAGGCGGCCCUGGCCGGGGAAGAGGAGUUGCAUGUGUCGCUUCAGCUGGCGGUAGUGGCGGGAGCGGAGGCGGCGGGGGUUGUGCGACCGCCCGGGUUUGGGAGAUGGCUGCUGAUAUUUCUGAAUCCGGUGGGCAUGAUUGCAAAGGAGACCCGAGGGGCAAUACCAAGUUAGAUGCAGACUACCCACUUCGAGUCCUUUACUGUGGAGUCUGUUCAUUACCAACAGAGUACUGUGAAUAUAUGCCCGAUGUUGCUAAAUGUCGACAGUGGUUAGAGAAGAAUUUUCCAAAUGAGUUUGCAAAACUUACUGUAGAAAAUUCACCGAAACAAGAAGCUGGAAUUACAGAGGGUCAAGGCACAGCAGGGGAAGAGGAAGAGAAGAAAAAGCAGAAGAGAGGUGGAAGGGGUCAAAUAAAGCAAAAAAAGAAGACUGUGCCACAAAAAGUUACGAUAGCCAAAAUUCCUAGAGCAAAGAAGAAAUAUGUAACAAGAGUAUGUGGCCUUGCAACUUUCGAAAUUGAUCUUAAAGAAGCACAAAGAUUUUUUGCUCAAAAAUUCUCCUGUGGUGCCUCAGUAACAGGAGAGGAUGAAAUCAUCAUUCAGGGAGACUUUACAGAUGACAUAAUUGAUGUCAUUCAGGAAAAAUGGCCAGAGGUGGAUGAUGAUAGCAUUGAAGAUCUUGGAGAAGUAAAGAAGUGAUUUUGAAAAUUUGUCUCUAUUUAAUGAUCUGAACUGAGAGUUGAUAUGGCCAAAGGGAGAGAGGCCUUUUAAAAAUAUAUAUAUUUAUCCUACAGUAAAACUGUAGAUUACCCUCACCCUUGGCAUUUUCACUGUUCUGUAUAAGGCUGCUUCUUUUUUUUAUUGCCAAAGUCUAAUAAACAGGGGAGACUGUCAUGCUUAUGCAUGAAAUAGAAUUUAGUCAAAUAAAAAUUUUUGGUCAUUUGGUACUGACUUUUCUCUUUCUGUUAUUAACUUUUUAUUUUUGGAAAAACACUAGAUUUUUUUGUGCAAAACUUUUCUGUUUAUUAUCUUAAUCAUGAUUUAGUGAAAUCAUGAUUUAAAGCUGAGUAAUAUUUUGAAGAAUUUGAAUUUUGGCUUCAUCACCAUUAAUAAUUGUCUCCUUGCUUCUUUGGUGUGAUAGUUUUGAGAUGCUUGGGCAUCUGAUAGAUUUGUGGUUGAAUUUGCUUCAUUGUUAGCAACCAAGUCCACUUUGUGGUCACAUUAACUUAAUGUUGGUAGGACUUGUUCACACUCUUCUGGAGAUUAUUUGGUAAAGUAUAUUAAAGCCUUAAAACCAUCUGCAGUCUGACCCAGUAAGCCACUUAGUUGACAUUAUCCUAAAGAUAGAAUCAUUCUUGCUUAAAACUGUGGGUGAGGGUGGUCAUCGCAGUGUUCCUCAUAAAUACAAAAAAAUUGCAACUGAUACAAAUGAACAAUUGGGAAAUGGUUAAAGAAUGAUGGUGCACCAUAUGGUAAAAUAUUAUGCAUAUAUUUUUAAUAUUUUCCAGAAAUACUUGGGAAACCUGUUUGGUGAUUUUAAGUGGGGGGGUGGGCAGACCCCAAAUUCAUUUUAUAUGUUACUAUUACUGUUGUUUUGAGUGGAAGGUCAUUCAGAGAUGCCGCCGAGUUCUUGUUCUGGCUAUCAAUUCUGGGAGUGAAAUCCUGUAGCCAGUUGAAAAGAAUAUACACCAAUACUCAAUAUAUAUAUGAAAUCUGGGAAAUAGCAAUUGAAAUGAGUCUUCCUCAGAAGAGAAACAGUGACAGUGAGUUUUAAUGAAUGCACUGAAUGAAUUUAAACUUUGUUUUUAUAAAGGUCUUAAGUUAGGCUCUGCAAAUUUAAAAGAAAACCCCUGGUAUUUUAAAUCGCUAUAGACACCUUUAAGAAAUUCAGAACCCAUUGUUUAUUGCCAUGCAAAUUACAACCUCGAAUGAAUGUUUUUUUUAAAUAAUUAAAAUCUUAGGAAAAAAUGUGUAAUAAAGAUGCAAAUUAAGAAAACGAAAUUCUGCAUUAACUGUGAAUUUUACUAAAUAGUAGGAGUAUCUGAUGAAGCAAAUUUAUCCAUCAAGACCAUUUGGUAUGUGUUGUGUAUGUAUUCUGUUGGUGCUGGAAGAUGUCUGUGCCUGUAUCAACCAUGUGACUUCAUGUAAAGAUUCUCAAUGUUCACAGUUCUUGGCAAAUGCAGUUUUAAUCCAUAUAAAGCCAGCAGUGGAUGUUACUGCAGGAUAAUGGAGGAUUAAAAUUGUCCUUGUGUAUAA